GUUAGCUGUAUGAUCUCACUCUAGAGGUGGGACAUCCUGGCAUCCUCCUCAUACCACACACACACACACACACACUCAUACACACAUUUAUAGGGGACUCCGGUCACAGGCACUGGUUGCCAAUCAGUGCAUAGUGUGUGUGUGUGUGUGUGUGUGUGUAAAAGAGGAGGGACAGCUGAUUCUCCCAGUGCUGCAGCUGCUGCUCCCCCUCGCUCAGAUAAAAGAGUGGGAGAAAAGGACGAGGGAGCUACAGAAGAGGAGACAUGCCUCAGAACGUGGUACUGGAGGGCCCGGCCCCCUGGGGAUUUCGCCUCUCUGGGGGCAAAGACUUCAACCAGCCUCUGACCGUCACCAGGGUGACUCCUGGCAGUAAGGCUGCACUGGUCAACCUGACUCCAGGAGACGUCAUCCUGGCUAUUGAAGGAGUCUCGACAGAGGGUAUGACGCAUGGUGAAGCCCAGAACAAGAUCAAAGACUCUACAUACCAGCUUUGCCUCAAGAUAGAGAGGCCUGAAACCAAGCUGUGGUCACCACAAGUCAUGGAGGAGGGCAAAACACACCCAUUUAAAAUCAAUUUGGAGGCAGAACAACAAGAGUAUAAGCCAAUAGGCACAGGCCAUAACAGAAGAGCGCAGCCGUUUGUGGCUGCCGCCAACCUGGACGAAAAACGGCAGGUGGUGAGCUCUUCCUACAACACACCCAUAGGCCUCUACUCUCAGGGCAACAUCCAGGACGCCCUGCAUGGACAGAUUCGCGGCCUGGUGCAUGACAAGCCUGAGGGAGAUAACACAUCCCAGGGGGUGAUGAGAAAUGCGUUGCAGUCAGUACCAGUUACUAAUCUGGGUCAGAACGAGGCCCUGGCUCUGUCUCAGUAUAACUCCCCCAUUAACUUGUACUCGGAUGCCAGUCUGUCAGAAGCAUUACAGCAGGCUCAGAUGUCUGCUGGAACAACUGAGCAGGCACCAGCUAGUGGUAAACCUCUGACAUCCAUCGAGGAAUCUCACGUGUACCAGAUGCUGCAGGAUGAUCAGGACAGGCCACAUGAGCCUCGGCAGUCCGGCUCCUUUAAGGCCCUGCAAGACUUUGUGGAGAGUGAUGGUACAAAGCCUCUGGUAACCAGGAGUGUCAAAGCUCCAGUAACAAAACCCCAAGCUUCUUCACGCUCGCUACAGAAACUGCCUCUCUGUGACAAGUGCGGCAAUGGCAUUGUUGGUACUGUGGUCAAGGCCCGGGACAAGUUUCGCCACCCAGCCUGCUUUGUGUGCUCGGACUGUGGGAUGAACCUGAAGCAGAAGGGCUACUUCUUUGUGGAAGGACAGCUGUACUGUGAGACUCACGCUCGGAUCCGGACGAGACCACCCGAAGGCCACGACCUGGUCACAGUGUACCCCAACGCUUAACGGACAUCAGGUUUUAUAUAGCGAUGGAGUAGGAAUGCGUUUUGCUGGUUGAGCAUGGCAUGUCUGCUGUAAGGGAAAGUUGUAUAUUUUAAAGUUUUAGAGUUCACAAACCCUCUUUCUAUGGCCUUAAUUAAUCUCUUACUGAAAAAAAAAACAGAACAA